AUGUGGAAGGCAGCCGUCUUGACUCUUUGUCUCUUGGUGGCAUUGGUCGACAGGGUGCGGCUCAAUGAAGCUCAUCCCUCUUUCUAUGGGAUGAAGCUGUGCGGCAGAGAGUUUAUACGCGCUGUCAUCUUUACCUGUGGGGGCUCCCGCUGGAGGAAGAGUGUGGGAGACUCAGCUCUUAUUGGAGACGAGGCGUUUGACCAAUGGAACGCAAAUCCUUUCCCCCAACUCGCCGGUGAGCAGGACGCUGCACCGUCCAACAUUUGGAAAGAACAGACAAUAGAUGUGGCGUCUGUGGCCGCAGAAUUUCGCCGCUCGGCUCGCUCGCCGAUUUCCGAGGAGGUCCUAGAGGCCCUACGAAGUGCAGACAGGAAAGGGCGCGACGUGGUGGUGGGCCUGUCUAAUGCUUGCUGCAAAUGGGGCUGCAGUAAGAGUGAAAUCAGCUCCCUAUGCUAAAAAAUAUUGGCCUUUCUUGUGCAGGGUUUUAAAAUUUAGGUCAGGGGUCCUCAAUUACAUCUGCCCAAGGGCCAGGAAUUAAAAAAACAAAACAGAAUUACAAUGUAAAUAUAUGUUGGUACAAAUAUAUAUAGUCUAUAAAAAUGUUCUGGGAUUAAUUUCUGUACCAUAACCUUAUAUUUCACAGAAGUGAACUGUUAUUGCAUAGUAAAAGUCUGUAAUCCUAGUCCUCUGUAACAUCAUAACACAUUCAUGUAAAUUCAAACAGAUUUGUCUCUUAAAGGGAUCUGUAGACUACAUUGCACCCUUGUACAGUAUAUGGUGGUAUGCUGUUGAACUGAGAGAGUAAUUAACGAUUCAUUCCAAUUGUGACGUCACAGCAUGUCAUUUUAUUUUGAUUAACUAUGAAAUAAACAAACGGAUUGCCAUGUCAAAAGACAGCUUCAACAAAAUGAGUCUCAUAUUUAAAAAUACAAACAUCUCAAUUGACUCCUAACUCAGAGUCCUCAAAACGUAUGUAUGGUGUGUGCUACUUUACGGCUGUGAAUGCUGGACAUUAAACUAUCAACAACUGAGAAAAUUAGAGACAACUGAAAUGUGUUUUUUCAGAAAAAUACUUCGCAUAUAAUAGACUGAAAAUAAUAUUAAUUAGGUAUGGGCAAAGGCAAAAACAAGAAGAUCUCUAAUUGCAACAAUUCGAAAUAGGCAGCUGAAAUUCCUCAGACAUAUCAUUAGAAAAGACAUAUUAGAAAAACUGAUGUUAACAGGAAAACUAGAAGGAAAGAAAGCUCCAGGUCGACAACGAAUAACAUAUAUCAACAGCCUAACAAAUGUUAUCGUAAAUAUCAAUAAUAUAGAACUCAUACAUAGAGCGGAUGACAAAGAAGACUGGAGAGCCCUGAUCAUGGAUGCCUGCAAACAGGCCUGAUACCCCAUGAUGAUGAUGAAAUUAAAACUUUGAUGUUACAGCAUUUAGUUGUAACUUUAUUGUAAUUAAUCGUAAAAUCACAGCUAUGCAUUUACAGUAAAUUGCUUUAAAUAUAUUUCACAGUAAAUUACUGUAAAUGUUACUGUUUAGCCAGUAAUUUGCUGUGAAUUUUCAAUGACAUUUUUACAGUGUAAUA